GGCCGUGAUUGGGCAGGCCCCGCUUCCCUGGUGGCGCGGACGGGAGCUCCCCGCCGGUGCGGCCAGGCCGCGCGCCCGGUGGCGGAGGAGCGGGCCCGGUGGCGGCGGUGAGCCGUUCCCUGCCGUGGGCGCCGGGCCCUCGUGUAGAGCCCCUCGGGGAGGCGGGGCUGCCCGCCCCGGGAAGGGACCUGCCCCUCGCUGCCCCGCGCCAUGGCCGCCGCCACCUGGCGUUACCGCGGGGACCCCGAGACGGAGCAGCCGGCGGUGCUGGUGCAGUUCUCCAACGGCAGGCUGCGGCGGUCCGACUCCAUGCGGUUCACCGUCUACCGAAACAAGGACAGGGCCCAUCCCCGGAAGAAGCACCGGAGGAUCCUGGUCUCAGAAACUGAAAGGCUUUCAUAUGUGGGGAAUAACUUCAGCAGCACAGUUACCAAAUGUAACUCCCUGUGCAGGUAUUUUGUUGGUGUGUUAGAUGAGGGCUCUGGGCAAAUGGAAGUGUAUAAUGCUGAAAUAUUAAACAUGCAGCCCUUGCUGUCAGAUAACUUAAUACCUGACGACACAAAGGAUUAUCAGAAGAAAUCCUACAGGGAGAAGAUGGACUUGUGCAUUGAGGCCUUUGGUACCAGCAAGCAGAAGCGAGCUCUGAACUCUCGGCGAAUGAAUGCAGUGGGCAACGAUAUUGUGAAUACUGCUGUGACAAAAGCAGCAGCAAACAUUAUAGAUGCAAAGGGAGUAACAGCUUUGAUCCAGGAUGUGGCCCAAGAUGAUGUGCAGAACAUCUCCAUCUUCCUCCCACCAUGUAAUGAAGAUGCUGACAAACCAGAAAAUGUUUACAAGUUUGAGGAUAUUCUGUCCCCAGCAGAGUAUGAAGCAUUGCGGGUUCCAGCAGCAGUCUUUGUUAAUAUCACUCCAGAAGAAAUCACCAAGAAAACAGAAGAUAAAAGCCAUUGCUCCUUUGUUUUAGAGGAGUUGAAGUUCCUGCCUGCUGAUGAGAAGAACAGAGAUCACAAAGCCCGAUGCCUCUGGUUCCUGGACACCCUUAUUAAGUUCAGCUACCUAAAAGUGAUCAAGAAGAAACAUCCGAUGGGUCCUGAAUGCCCACACAUUAUUAGCAGGAAACUCAUGAAGAAUUUCAGUUCACUGACCUACAACAAUGGCAGUGUCCGGAAUUUAAUCUCUGUGUCAAUGAAGGCUAAAAUCACAGCAUACGUCAUUGCGUUGGCUCUGCACAUUAACAACUUCCAAACAGACCUCACUAUCCUGCAGAAUGACAUGAAGCUCCAAGAAAGCAGGAUGAUGGACAUCGCAAAGGCCAUGCGGUUGAAGAUCUCCAAGGCAAAGGGGCUGCAGGGACUUGAGAAUGAUCAGAACCACAAGCUGGGCACUCUCUCUCUUCCCUUGCCUGUGCAGAAGGCAUCAGGGAACCAACGGAAGCGCAAGAAAAUGAACUAAGAUGUCUGGGAGAUCUGAGCAGGGAUAAAACAGUUCCUUUCCCACCUGCUGUUCUGCACACAGAGCAUCAUGGGGAUGCUUUUGUCUGUUGCACUUGGCUGUCCAGCAUCAGUACAUGACCCUGCUUGAAACCCUCUCUUGAGGCUGGGAUGGAACACAUGUUCACCUCAUUAAACUGCUUCUUUCUUCUAUUUGUGUAGAAAAAGCUGUAAUAAAACAUCUGUCUGUCUUCCUGCCUGUAUGAGGGGAGAAGGGUGUAAGUUGUGCCAGAGCAAGAGAACAGUUUGAAACUGCAGGUCCUCCACCGACUACUGCCUGGUUGGUUCUGGCAGUGACCUGUUGGCUUGUGGCCCGUUCCACCCAUUUUUCACACAUGGCAGAGUAGAAAGCAUAGAAAGAGAUGGACUAAGCAAAGCACUACUUACACACGUUUGGCUCUGUGUGUUUGUUUCUCUAGAGUUUCAGUGUAAUUCUGUGUUGAAAAAGUAUAAAGAUGCAACACAGACAAAAUAUUUUUGCCACUUUCCCUAUCCUGGCUUCUUGCCUGGAGAAGGGAAAAAUCUGCUGACUCAAGAGCUAGUGUUAUCUUCAGAAAGGUUUAUUAGUUUGAAUCCACAGCUGUGGAUUCCCAGUCCUGGGGAGAGAGGCUUCUGGGUUAGUUUCUGUACGUUUUCAUUCAAGUCCUGGAGUGCUGCACUGUAAGCCUCAUUGCAGGUGUUUACUAAGCAAGGUUGUAGGAAUCUGGGGCUUGUGAAAAGCUGAGGCUCACUUCCAAAAGAAAAAACUUAUGUGAAACAGAAGCUUGGGAUGUCAAGACCAGUCCUUGAGGUGUCUGCUUCAGGCAGUAAUUUGGGGUUAGUACAUCAUUUGGGGCUUUAAGGGUAACUCCUUACAUGCCUUAAUGACCUACUGUUCACAGCUCUCAUUAGAAAUGACCCAAACAUCUAGUUUUCUUGGUAGAGGAUAAUGCCAUGGGAAUUACAGGCUGCAGAUAAUAAAUAGGAAUAUUUUUGUCACAAAAUGGUUGAGGUUGGAAAGGACCUCUGGGGGUCACUUUGUCCAAUCCCCCUGCUCAAGCAGGGCCACCCAGAGACAGUUGCCCAGGACCACAUCCAGAUGAUGUGAGUAUCUCCAGUGACGGAAACUCCACAACCUCCCAGGGCAGCCUGUGUAAGUGCUUGGUCUCCCUCAGUAAAAAAGUGUUUCCUGAUGUUUAGCGGGAACCUGCUGUGUUUCAGUGUGUGCCCAUGGCCUCUGGUCCUGGCACUGGGCACCACUGGGAAGAGCCUGGCUCAUCCUUUUGGCAUCCUCCCUUCAGUUAUCUAUAGACAAGGAUGAGAUCGCCCUGAGCCUUCUCUUCUCUGGGCUGAAUAGUCCCAACUCUCUCAGCCUUUCCUCAUAGAGGAGGCAUGCUCCAGUCCCUUCAGCAUCUCAGUUGCCCUUCACUAGACUCCAAUAUGUCCAUGUUUCUCUCGUGCUGGGUAGCCCAGAACAGGGCACAGCACUCCAGGCGUGGCCUCACCAGCACUGAGCAGAGGGAAAAGAUCAUGUCGUUCGACCUGCUGGAGAUGGUUCUCCUAAUGCCCCCCAGGACACCAUUAGCCUCUGCUGCAAGGGCGCGUUUCUGGCUCAUGUUCAACUUGGUGUCCACCAGGACCCCCAGGUCCCUUUCUGCCAAGCUGCUUUCCAGCUGGGCAGCCCCCAUCAUGUCCUGGUGCAUGGGGCUGCUCCUCCCCAGGAGGAGUGCAGGACUCUGCACUUCCUCAUGUUGAACUUUGGAAGCCUCUGACUUACUCAGGCCUUGUUCUCAAGUCUUCAGUAGAGUCAGUUUGCUCAGGGAGCUGAUCUGGUUGAAACCCCUUUUUGUGGUUGUUUUUUUAAUUCUCAUUAGGAUCUGGUCUUCUGCAUAUCAGAGCCAGCAGUUCUGACUUAGACUGGUAAGAAGUACUACUCUGAGAUAUACGAGUUUAUCCUCUUUAUCUAAUUCUAGCUCAUUGCUACUGUGUGUCAGUUGAUAUAGGUAUGAGAAGGGGAACAGACGUGGAUCACCCUGACAAUGCCAUGGCAUUUAGAUGAAAAAUUAGCUGCUGUUGCAAAGCUACCUCUGUGUACCAAAGCAAGCAGAGAAGUAGAAAGCAGGGGUUGCCCAACUGAGCAGGUAGUUAGCUCUUUUCCAUGAUUUGGAGCCACUUGCAGCAGGGAUGAGGAUGUUAAUAGCCUGUCUUAACAUCACUGCUGUGUGCAGCAGAGCCUGUUCGGACUGUGUCUGAGCGCAGCACCCCUGAUUUGGGGAAAAUGAGUGCUAGUUUAGUCCAAAUGGGAGAAUGCCUCAUCUGCAAUGUGUCUCACUAUUAGCUGCUGCACUUUGGAAAGCAGCUAUUUGCCUUCCCCUUUGAAGGGGUUCUUUGCUAUAUGGAAAGAAGUGCCAAGGCAGGGAUGUGGCAGUAGGGGAAGGGGACCCAAGAUCCUGUCUUGGGGUCAGAGAGAUGCCCCUGGUGCUGGGCAGCUCCCACUGCAGCAGGCAGGACAGGGCUGCAUGCGGGUCCUGUGGUGGGGCCUGCCAGGUGUGAACCACAGCAAGAUGUAGGUAGCCUAGAUGGACUCAGAGCCUCCAGCCAAGUACUCUUGUCCCUGUCCACAUCACAGAGAGGGGAGUGUGAGUAGACAGGUUGAUCCCUGGCAGACAACAGGAAAGGCUGAAAGGAGAAACCCAGCAGUGGUGGAGAAAGAUGCGUUGAUGGAAAAAAGAGCUUUUUCUAACACUCUGCUCAACUUUCUGGGGUCACCUUAUUCAAGAGCACAUCAAGUGCGAGAGAGGCCAUGUGCUUUGCUCCAGAGGCAGGUGUCCAGGCUGCCCUGUGGGAGACUGAUGGACAUGGCAGCCACAAGUUAGAGAACGCUAACCCUUGCCAGAGCACGGUGCCACCUGGAGAGGCUUGCCAGGAGCAGGAGGGCCAGGGCCGUGGCUUGCCUUGGACUGCCACCAAACGGCUCUGAGCCUGUGCAAAAACCAGCACUCCUGCCCACAGCUGAUGCCUUAGCAAGCGUAUGCUGUAGCCAUGCAGCGUUGGCAUGCCUGAGCCAGCACAGGAGCUGAGGCAGGACCUACGAUGGGUCACAUCAUUGUCCUUGUCUGAGUGGCAGAAUGUUCCCAUGGGAGCAGGGUAGGUCCCAUGGCUGCUUGGUUUGAAGGUGACCAGAAGCUCUCCCCACUGCUCAUCUGCUACCAUCCAAAGAGCACUCCACUUUGCUAGCAUACAGACAGCAUUAUAGUCCUCUUGAUAAGGUUGUGGCCAUCAGAUAAAAGAUUCAGUGAAACAGGUUGGGCGCAGGCUCUUUCUCACACCUAAAAGUACAGGGUCUGUACGCCAUUGUUGGGUUGGAGUCAACCUCUCGUGGCAAUGUUGGCGUAUUGUCUCACAACUGAUUCCUGCACAGGCAGCAGGAGGACAUGCACAGCAGCACCAGGGAGGCACUCAGCUUUCACCAGUGCUGCCUUUCUGGAAAUGAUGCGCUCUAAUUAACUUAUGCGCAGAGCACAAUGCAAGGUCUGUGCUGUGCCGUGAAGUGUCUGUGCAGGUCAUGCAUGUGCACUAGCUUUGCACAGUGUUUAGGUGGUGAAAAAGCCAGCAUAACUCCAGACUGUGCCCUCAGCAAGCUGCCGGCUUGGGGCAGCUGGGGCCUGUUACCCACUGUGUCACAACAGGCACUUUUGAAUUAAGGCUUUGCACAAGUACAGCAGCACCACACACUGCUUCCACUAUGCUCUAUAACCUAUCCACUGUAUUACAGGAACAUAAAACAUUUUAUGAUUAGUGAAUGCCACUGAAGAUUAAUUAAUAAAUGCCCACUGAAUUCUCUCCACACCAGGAGAGAGUAUUACUUUCUUUGUGUUUGAAAGGCGUAACUGUACUGACCAGUCAGGGUCUCAUGUAUAUGUGAUAUAAAAUUGAAAGAUUAAUUGAGAAAGCAAACUUUAUUUUUGCUUUCCUUGUGAAGAUGAAGUCAACAUGAACAUUUGGAUUUUUCCAUAGUGAUUGAUAGUAUAAAUAUUAACAUUUGAAGACAAUAUUUGAACUCGGUACUUCCAGCUCAACCUGUUGAAAGUUUAAGGAUAAUUGAUUGUGCGACCUGCUGCUUGCUCAUAAUCUGCUAUGUGAAGUGAGUUUAACUACGUAUUUUGUGAAUAAUUUUUUUUUAUGUCUGCUUGACAGCAUGUGGAUCCUCUAUGGGGCAUUUUGCUGCUCCAAAGUGCAAAAAGCACAGAAUGAAGAGGCUAUUCAAGCUAUUGUAAAGAUCCCAAAUCUCA